AUGGCUGCAGUUGAAGGGAAUCUUGGGUCAGCGUUCGUCACCAGAGACACGCUGGCCGCAGAAGGUGUCUAUGAGAUGUUCAUUCCUGGAUUCGGUGUUCUGUCCCGUAUCAUUUCUACACUCUUUCACAUUGAUAUAUCGCAAUAUCUCCCCUUUCUGUUCAUCGCGGCCCUGACAAUCGCCGCGUCUCGGUACUUUUUUGAUGGCGUCUCCGACUUCGUGCACAACCAUUUCAUGUCCUCGGUGCAGGUCCAGGUCGAUGAUGAAAUAUACAACUACCUGAUGUAUUGGGUGUCGAAGCAGCAGUUCGUCAGCCGGUCGACAGAUAUCUUCGCUUCCAGCUCAAUGGAGAGCGAAUGGGACAAGAUCAAGCCCAUCCAUUUCACGCCUGCUCUUGGGACGCACUACUUCUGGUACAAGGGACGUUUCCUCACGAUCGACCGAGCCAGGGAGAAAAUGCAGAUGUGGACCGAGACACUCCGAAUCUCUUGUCUGGGCCGGAACACGGAGUUUCUACGAGAGUUGAUACGUGAAGCCCAGCUGAGCUAUCUGAAACGGGACGUGGAUAAGACGAUUAUCUAUCGGUGGACGAAGGCAGACCCCUCAUCAUCGCCAAGCUGGACGAGAUGUAUGGCACGACAUCCGAGACCGCUAUCCAGUGUCGUUUUGGACCAGGAGCAGAAAGAUGCCUUCCUGAACGACGUCAAGGACUAUCUCCAUCCCUUCACCAAGCGGUGGUAUUCUAACCGUGGCAUUCCGUAUCGUCGAGGAUAUCUCUUCUACGGACCACCGGGAUGCGGAAAGACAAGUCUCUGCUUUGCUGUGGCUGGGUUGCUUGGACUGAAGAUCUAUGUCGCCAACCUUAGCUCUCCGGGCCUGACUGAAGAAGGGUUGGCGUCGCUUUUCGCUACCCUCCCUCGCCGGUGUAUCGUCCUUCUAGAAGACAUCGAUACGGCGGGAAUAACCAAAAGUCGUCUGCAGGCCCCCGCUUCGACUUCCAUUUCACCUUCUUCGCAUUCUUCCACCCCACAAUCUGCCUCCAUACAGGGUCACGCCAGGUCCGAGAACGACGAGGAUGAUGAUGACGGAGAUGGUGCAGGCGGAAGCGGCGGACACGACUCCGCAGUGCAGCUACAGGGCAUCUCGCUUUCCGCACUUCUCAACACCAUCGACGGUGUAGCGUCUAGCGAAGGUCGCAUUCUGGUCAUGACCACAAAUCACGCCGAGAAUCUCGACCCUGCACUGCUCCGGCCUGGGCGCGUUGAUCUGAUGGUCGAGUUCCGCAAUGCAGGCUCAGAUGCUAUUAUCUCUCUGUUCCGAGCCAUCUACUCCGAAAUCGAGGGAGAUUGGGGUGACCACUCUUCCUCCAGUAAGAAGAGCGAGGGUAUGAGAAAUGGAGAAGAGAUCGCCACCAAGACCAAGUCAAACGGAGCCAAGCCAGUCGCUUCGAAGACUGACACAACUCCAAAGGUAGCCGAUCGACACUCUGUGGGGAAGACAUCAGCUACAACAACUACCCCAAGUGCUACCGCUCGGCGACGGACAGGUCAUGGCCUCUCCGCCGAUCAGAUACAUGAGCUCGCCAAGGAGUUUGCGAGACAGAUACCGAACGAGCAGUUCUCUCCCGCCCAUAUACAAGGAUUCAUGUUGUCGCAUAAGGCGUCUCCGCGAGCGGCGGUCGAGCAUGUAGGGGAGUGGGUGGCCAAGCACAGCAAGACCAACAACAAUCAAGGAGCCGAUGCGGUGAAAGUUGAUUAA